GCAACCCAAGAUUUUAGGCAGAAAUGGAGGCUUCCGUUGCAGCAAAGUCGCUCAUAAAAAUCGCAGCUGUUUCUGGUUCUCUUCGUCAAGCUUCCUACAACCGCGGCCUCAUUCGCUCCGCGAUUGAGCUAAGCAAGGCGAUGGAGGGCGUCCAGAUAGAGUACGUAGACAUCGUGCCGUUGCCGCUGCUCAACACCGAUGUGGAAAAAGACGGGAGUUUCCCACCUGCCGUCGAAGCCUUUCGUCAGAAGAUUCGAGAAGCUGAUAGCAUCCUCUUUGCUUCUCCCGAGUACAAUUACUCCAUCGCCGCACCUCUAAAGAACGCAAUUGACUGGGCAUCCAGACCUCCAAAUGUAUGGGCUGAUAAGGGUGCUGCAAUUAUAAGUGCCGGAGGAGGCUUUGGUGGUGGACGGUCCCAAUACCAUCUUCGCCAAGUUGGAGUUUUCCUUGACCUUCAUUUCAUUAACAAGCCUGAGUUUUUCUUGAAUGCAUUUCAGCCUCCAGCGAAAUUCGACAGUGAUGGCAACUUGAUUGAUGAAGAGUCCAAGGAGAGGUUAAAAAAAGUUCUGCUAUCCCUGCAGGCAUUUACUUUGAGACUCAAAGGAAAUUGAACAGAGGCUUGUAUCCUGUUUCUUACAGCUAACUUCUAAACUUAUGAACUUAGAACAAGGAGGAUUAAGACGACUCUGAACUUCGUGUAAUGGCUAUAAUAUAACCUUUGCAUGUGCAAGGAAGAUGCUGAAGUUAUAUGUGAUUCUUAGAAUAAAAGAAGUGUGAUUCAGGCUCUGCCGUGCAUCUGACAUUGCAAGAGUUUGAUGCUGUAUGUUGUGAUUUGUUUCUCUUUCCCUUGGGAGUAUCUUUGGUUUUGGAAU